AUGUACAACCUUGCGCAAUGCCAAAAAAAUGAGACCAAUUUAAAAGCUCUUGCGAAUAAUACUAGUGGUACUACAGAUGAAGGAAAUUCAUCAAACACUGUGAAUUCAAUUACCUUUUAUAACGCGCCAUUUAACCCAUCAGUGGUCAAAACAAAUAAUAAUGUUCAAACGGCUUCGCAGAGAUUCCAUGCAACAUUGCCUGCGAUUAAUUGCCCACCUACACCAAUUAUUCGAUCAAUAAAAAAUCCGUAUAUCCAUUCGUAUCCGACUCAACAAUCUCAAUCCCCACUUUCCUAUUUGACUCGAUCAUCUCAACGUUCAUGUCCAUUUCACCAGUCACCUCAUGCUCGUCUAUCUAAACCUCUUACUCUUGAUCCUUCCCCAUUAUUAUGUCAACCUAUAUCGCUUCCACCGCCGAUUAUUAAGCCUCAUGAUGAAGGCGCCAUUGUUCCGCAAAAGAAUCAAAUGCAAAAAGAGAAGCAGUCUCUUAGAUUGGAGCGUAAUCGCAUAGCGGCCAAAGAAUGCCGGGAACGUCGAAAAGAAUAUAUUACGAGGCUAGAAGGUAGGGUGGAAAGAAUUGAGGAAGAAAAUGAAGUCUUGAAAAAAAAGAUUCAGGAGGCUAAUGUGAAAUUAGAAUUGUUUGAAAGAAAUACGCUCGAACGUAGUGAAUUAGAGAUGAUUGUGAGAGAAUUACAAGAAAAAUUAGAAGGCAUUGAUAAUGCUUAG